UGCUAAGCUUUUUAUCAAUUAAAUAAGAGAAACAACAUAUGUUCUGUUAAUUAAUUUGAUAAUCUAAUUGUCCUACUUGACUUAUUUGAUUUUAAAAUCAGAUGGUUUUAUGUCUUGACUUGAUCGUCGAGGGGAAGGUAUCGUGGAAAAGCAGCAGAGUGAGACCUCCUGUCUCCGGCUUCACCUCGCUCACAGCUUUAGGAAACGUGGCCUUAUUGCGAGUCCAGCCGCCGCCGCUGGUUGAUGAAUGAGCGCCGCACAGCUUCAGCUGCUUCCUCCAUCCGACCUACAGUUUUCCUCAAAGCCGGAGCAGUCCACUUCAAGACGCCGUUUUUAGAAAAGUCAUGUCUGAGGCUGAACAAGUCCCGGCCUCGGCCCCGGAGGCCGCCUCCGCUGUUAUCCUGAACGCCACGGACUCCAACGGGACUGAGGCGCUCAACGCCACGGCUAAAUUCGUGGCCACCCCGGAGGGCACGGCGCUGGCGUACGGUAGCUUGGUGUUCAUGGCGCUGCUGCCCAUCUUUUUCGGAGCUCUGCGGUCCGUGACCUGCUCCAAGUCUAAGGAGCUGGGAGAAAAUGAUUACCAUUCUGGGUUCAGAAACUCUGCAGACAUGCCGGAGACCAUCACCAGCCGGGACGCCGCCCGCUUUCCCAUCAUUGCCAGCUGUACUCUGUUUGGGCUUUACCUCUUCUUCAAGGUGUUUUCUCAAGAGUACAUCAACCUGCUGCUGUCCGUCUACUUCUUUGUGCUGGGCGUCCUGGCUCUGUCGCACACUAUGAGUCCACUGAUGUCCAGAAUCUUUCCCGUGUCUUUGCCAAACAAGCAGUACCAGCUGCUCUUCACUCAGGGCUCCGGGGAGUCCAAAGAGGAAAUAGUCAACUAUGAGUUUGACACCAAGAACCUGGUGUGUCUGUGUAUCAGCAGUGUGGUGGGAGUCUGGUACUUGCUCAAGAAGCACUGGAUAGCCAACAACCUGUUCGGCCUGGCGUUUGCCUUGAACGGGGUGGAGCUACUCCACCUGAACAACGUCAGUACUGGCUGCAUCCUGCUGGGGGGGCUGUUCGUCUAUGAUGUUUUCUGGGUGUUUGGGACCAACGUCAUGGUAACCGUGGCAAAGUCCUUUGAAGCACCGAUUAAAUUGGUGUUCCCCCAGGACUUGCUGGAAAAGGGGCUGGAAGCCAAUAACUUUGCCAUGUUGGGACUGGGCGACAUCGUCAUUCCAGGCAUCUUCAUCGCUCUGCUGCUGCGCUUUGACGUCAGCUUAAAGAAGAACAGCCGGACGUAUUUCUACUCCAGCUUCUUGGCCUACAUCUUUGGCCUUGGCCUCACCAUUUUUGUCAUGCACACCUUCAAACACGCACAGCCCGCUCUGCUCUACCUGGUUCCGGCCUGCGUGGGCUUCCCUGUCAUUGUGGCGCUAUUCAAAGGAGAACUCACGGAGAUGUUCAGAUAUGAGGAGACUCCUGCUGAAGAGGCAGGCACCAAAGAGGACUCAUCAGCGUCUGACAAGAAGGACCAAUGAGGAUUUCCUCUCAACUCCAACCCCCCCCCCCCCCCCCCCCCCCGACAUCUCUUAUCCAACCUGCUGCUGCCAUGUUUCAUUGAAGCCCCGCCCCAUCGCACCUCUCCUGCUUAGUGUUAAUCGCCGGAGGAAAUGGGGGGGCUAUUUUACCAAUGUGUUUGCCUCCGGUGACUGGAAAUAGCAGCUGGUUUCCACGGCAACAGCAGAGACGGAUCCGCGACGCGGACGCAUAUUCACAGCUGCAGCAUCCUCAGAGGUUUUCUGCGUUUACAGUUUGGCUCAGCUCUGCCAAGAAACUGAAGAAACUGUGCAGUUUAACAAGCUUUUCUGUAUGCAGGAGCUCGAUGAAGAGCCAGCUUCACUGUCAGCAUCCUCUCUCUCGCUGGUUUUCCUACGUUUCCCAACAUGUCUGGCUUUUCUCACUGACCGCUGAUCCUGCUGCUUUCUGCUUUUCACACCAGCUUUUUCCACUCACUCCGUUUUAUUUGACGCUUUCAUUUGUUUGGCGAAAGGCCUGAAUUUUACGGUGGAAAACCCCGGCGCAGUUUUUAGUUGUCAAACGGCUCGUUACGUUCUCGUUCGUCAGAGCUCCGUGUUGUGAAAAUCGGUUUGUAUGAUCGUUGGUUGUUCAGGUUCUUGACAAAAUAAAUGUCACUUAUGUUUCAACCAUCUGCUGAUGUGGCGUCAGAGUUUACUGAAUGCAGCAGCGUGCACCCGAGCCCUGCCAGCCAAUCACAGUUCAGUGCUUAAAAUAUAUGCCUGUUUUCUGCACAGAAGCGUGUUUGCCUCAUUAUGUUGUCCUCUUACAGAAUUUCCAGUUGUGCUGUCAUACAUGCGGCACAAUUUAAGGGAUGGAACAGAAAACAGAACUGCACUGGCAGUUAUUUUUUGGACUUGGAGCUAGUUGGAGGAACAUUUGUUCAAUUGGCUCUUCUGAAUUUGAGUUAUUUGGAUUUAAAUUAAAAUAAACAACAAAUUCAGUCGUUCAUUUUCUAGUUUGGUGAUUUAUAUAUUUAAAGGUCAAGAUUGUGAUGUUAAAGGUCCAGUUGAUGAGGAUGGCUUAAUAAGUCCAGCUGCUUUUAAGAUGCUCUGUCUUUAAGUGAUUUAUUGAAGUGAAUUUAUUAAAGCAGCUGUUUCCCACAGGCCAACGCUCUGAAGCUGUGUUUGAAAUUUGUCAAGUCCCUUUUGAUUUGGGAUCAAUAAAGGGAUGAAAUAAACUUGUAACAAUGAGCU